AUGGCGCCCUCGGCUCUCACCUCCCAAGGGAGCCCGUCGAACCCCGAACCCGUAAAGCCACAGCAACCCACUCCAGAAACGUCCCAGGAGGCUACUUCGCCCACGGUCUCACUUUCCGAAGAGAACAUCGCCCUUAAGCAGCGCCUUGCUCAGUCUGAACUAGCCAAGAAGCACCUUGUCGAAGAAGUCGCGGAUGGGAAGCAAAGAGUCAUCGAUGCCGCGAAGCGUGCCACAGCCGCCGAGACCGAGACGAAAGCAGCAAAGGCACGCGCCCAAAACCGCUAUACAGAGAAGGUGCACGCCAAUAACGAGAACCGUCAUCUGAAGAAACGGAUCGAUACGAUGGACAAGGAGCGUGCGGACUUCAUUGUUGGUGUUAAUAGCAUUCUUCAGGGUCGUGACGAGAUUAUAGCUAAGCUCGAGGAAGAAAGAGCCAGAGGAGCAUGGUCCAAAGAAGUCACUGCAGAGUUCACAAAGCAGGUAGAUGUCUUUCAACAGGGCUACCUCGCGUCUGAACGUGGUAAAGAGAAGGAGAAACGUGACAAAGAGAAGGAGAAACGUGAAAAAGAGCUGGAGAAAAAGGUGUCUGAUAAGAUCAUUGGCCAGCUUAAAUCCGACAGGGACACGCAGGGCAACGUCAACAAGGAUCUGAAGAGCGUGAUCGCACAAUUACGACAAGAAAUCGCCACGGAGAAAGAGAAAUCGAAAGCCGCAGCCGAUGCGUCGACCAUGGACCAGAUCGAGGCUCGCGUCGCUGCUGCCAAGGCUGAUGGGUUCAAAGAAGCCACCAUAGCAAAGCAGAGUGAGAACGCUGAGUACCGAAAGACAAUAGAAGAAAAGGCGACCGCACAUGUCGCAUGGAUGAAGAAGGGCGUUGAGACGAAAGCGAAAGAAUACGUACAGAAAAGAGAGGCUGAAUGGCGUUCAGAGCAGACUAGUCUCAUACAGAGGGCUUCUGCAGCUGAAGCUGCGCUGAGUGCUGCCAACAAGCAGCUUGCGAUGACCGGGCAACAACUAGACGAUGCUCAGAGGCCUCCCAAACGGAGCCAGCCGGCUUCUUCGCGGGGCGCGUUGGAAUCUAACAAGCGAAGGAGGCUUAACGAAGCUGGUGCUGCCGGUAUCACUACACCAGACUUCCACCGUGCGCACUCGAACUCACUUCCCUCCGAUACCAAUGCCAUGAGCCCUUUGUCAACCACAUGGUCGAACGGCGAUACUAUCAUGGGCGACGCACAAAUGCAGAGGCAAGCUCGACAUGUCGCACCGAAUGGCAUGCAUGGACGAAGCUCGUCACAGCAGUCGACUGGCUCAGCAGGGCAGAUGGCACCCGCCCGGCGUCCUUCGCAACAGCCUGGUGCCAUGAUGGCCGCGCCUCCAGGACGCACACCCAACAACAUGUCACCCCAGCAGCAGCGACACUUGAUGCAGAACUUGGCUGCGGGUAACGCCGGCAGCCAAUCACCUAGAUUCCCUCAACAUAACUUAGGCCUAAUGCGCACAUCUCCGCAGGUCGGUCGACAGAUGGGAAGUGGUCAGCAAAUGACCAACCAGGCCGGCAACAUGAACUCGUACGACGGGGACUUCAUGAUGCAACAGAUGCAGCGAGAUGCUCAGUCGCAAAUCCGGUCACAGAUGUCGACACCGGCGCAUGGGUCUAUGAGACGUACAUCUUCCUACGGCUCAGCUUCUUCCGUGGCGUCGCCUCGACCUCACGUCGCGCAACACUCUUCGAGUCAAUUUGCACCCCCCACUGGGCAAAACUGGAAUAUGAGACAGAACUUGGAGCAGCAGAACUUAUCAACAAAUGGUACGAACCAGAGAGUGGCGGGAAACUACGCUCCCAUCAUGGAAGAGUUGGAUUCGAAUUUUACCUUCGAUGUUAACGCACUUACGGAAGAUGUUGGUGCUGCUUACGUUGGUUCUCAGCAAAACCUCGGAGACGCACAUGAUGUCAGCGAUUGGUUUCCCACAGAAGAUAACAACACUCAGACGGCCUUCAACUCGACUCUCCCUUCGAAUGGAACGCCUCCGAUGCACCAAGCCGACUUCCAGCAGCCUCAACAGCGCAGCUACCAAACCCAUUCACGCAAUCACUCACAACCGUACGAGAGUGGUUCAGGAGACAUGUCUCAUGGGUCCGAGAGCCUCCAGAAAGAGCCCAUCAUGGAAAUUAGCAGAAACAGUUCACGCCAGCCUUCUGUUCCGGGACGAGCGACUCGAGCUUCUUCCCGCUCUACACCUGGACCGUCUGGACCUUCUGGACGAUCGAGACGCAAGACGCCAGGUCCGACGGAGCCGAAUCAAGUCCCGUGUGUGAACUGCUACCGUCACUGGUGGGAAGGCGAAUGCGACGAAGGCGAGCCAUGCUCAAACUGUGCUGCAUCAGGAACAAAAUGUGUGCGGCAGAAAUGCAUUAACUAUGCUGCCGGCACUUGCGACAAGGGCAACAAGUGUCCCAACGUGCACGAAGGAGAUGAGCGUUACCAGAACGAGGAGUGUCUUGUAGCCCAGACCAAGGCGGGCAAGCGGCCUUCACGUUUGGGUACGAGGGCGGAAGCGAAGCCGGCGCCGACCCAGGAUUAG